AUCCAACCCAUCUCAUUCACUCACAACCUUCGUCUCAGAUAGCUCUGUAUUUUCCUCCUUUUCUACAAACCCUAGUUUUUUUUUCCGAAAAUCUGACACCAAUGGCUCCCAAGGCAGAGAAGAAGCCGGCCGAGAAGAAGCCCGCGGAGGAGAAGAAGGCUGAGAAGGCCCCCGCUGAGAAAAAGCCCCGUGCCGAGAAGAAUCUCCCCAAGGAUGGCGCCGGCGAGAAGAAGAAGAAGAGAUCGAAGAAGAGCGUGGAGACCUACAAGAUCUACAUCUUCAAGGUCCUGAAGCAGGUCCACCCAGACAUCGGAAUCUCCAGCAAGGCCAUGGGGAUCAUGAACAGCUUUAUCAAUGACAUCUUCGAGAAGCUCGCUCAGGAGUCGUCGCGGCUCGCGAGGUACAACAAGAAGCCGACGAUCACUUCACGGGAGAUUCAGACGGCGGUGAGGUUGGUGCUCCCUGGUGAGCUCGCCAAGCACGCUGUCUCUGAGGGUACUAAGUCGGUGACCAAGUUUACUAGCUCUUAAGGAUUUGGAGGUUGGGAAGUGGGUAUUUGGGGAUGGCGAUGGAAUUAGGGUUUUUAGGUGUAAAGUUUGAAUUUGGGGCUGGGAUGUCGAAGGGGUCGGAUGUUUAGGGUUUUAUGGUAUUUUGAAAUUUGCUUUUGUUGGAAUCGAAUUGGAACAUCUGCUUGAUGAUUUCUGGAUACAAUGGAAGGUUUUAUGUUUUGCUAACUUCUGGAAAUGUUAUUUUUAUUUCGCUUAA